UCUGGUUCUGAGACUCUUCCAAACCCAUACACCACUACAUUCACUGAUGCUAGUGGUACUGAGUCUGGUAUUGUCUCCUUCUACUCAACUACUGAUGCCUCUGGUAACCCAUCAACUGGUGUGACUACCUCGUUGUUAAAUGAGAGUGUGACAAGUAUUGUUGUAACCACUGUUACAAUUGGUGGAGUCGUUGAGACAGUUACAGUAACAGUUCCGUGUGUCACAUCAGUUUACACUGACUCUGAGGGAAACACCAAAACGGAGGUAAUUACUGGUAUCGUUACAACAGAUGAUGCAGGAUCUGUUAGUGUUGCAUCCGUAACCUCGAAUGUGAUUCUGACAACUGUUACCGAUGUGGUUGGUGCUGUGUCCACUGCAACUGUCGUUGUUCCUUGUGAGCGUUGUUCCGAGACUGCAGAAACCACUAACGAGGGUGUUGAAGCGAGCACAGCAACAGCAUCUUUUAAGGAGUCUAGUGGCACUCUUGUGAUAGAGGGUUCGAUUACUAUCUCCACCCAUACUGAUACAGAGCUUAACACAAAGACCGAGGCCAUCACAGGUGUUAUGACAUCAGGUGUAUCAGGAUCUGUUACUGUUUCAGAGGUUGGCAGUAUUUCAACUUCAACACAGGAAUCACUUGGUAGUGGAGCCUCUGUUACCGUGGCUGGUGAGUCAUCAUCCACCAUUGUGGAGGCUGCAACUGCAUUGGAUUCCACGGGUUCCACGGGUUCCACGUUGGCUACUCUCACCACUGGUGCUAUUGGCACUACGGCCACUGCUCUGGAGACAUCCUACUCGGGCUCUGGUGCUAUCAUGAGCACCAAUGGUCUGCUGGUGUCAUUAUUGACAUUGUUGGUGUCUCUGAUGAUCUGA